CAGUUUAACUAUAUGGAAGACAAUGUGGAAUCGAACAAUACAUACGGAAAACUAUUGUCAUUGAGGGACACGGGAUGACAUCCUGUAUGGAAAUCGCUUCAAAGUGAACUCGUCCUGACUGGGAUGGUUAGGGAGACUGCCGUGGAGAAUAUCUACAUUAGUGGAGUGAAAUACAAUCGUUCAGACAUCUGAGGAAUGGAGCGACAGUAAAAUCUGCAGGUUUCUGAACGUGAGUCAUACAUUAGAGUAAACAUGCCUGCCAACUGGAAGCAAGACCUCUCCAUGUUUAUACAUGCGUCUCUCGAAGAUAUGUACAAAAGUGGGCGUCAUACAGAUGUUGAAAUUACUGUGGAGGGUAAAACAUUCAAUUGUCACAAGACCGUGUUAGCCGCUGUCUCGCCUUAUUUUGACGCUAUGUUUUCCUCUGGUAUGCGCGAGUCCUUAGACGGUGUUGUCACACUGCACAACAUAGACAAAGCCAUUUUUGAACACAUCAUAGAUUUCAUCUACUCUGGAAAAAGAGUGGUGACUGUUGACAAUGCCCAGGAAUUGAUUAAAGCAGCGGCAAUAUUCCAGGUUGAGUAUCUACAUGAAAAGUGUGAACAGUUUCUUUUGGAAAAUAUCUGUGCCGAAAAUUGCAUCGGUGCAUGGAAACUCGCCAAGUCACAUGAAUGUCCGCAACUUUCCCGGAAGGCCUGGGCGCUGAUAAUGGAACAUUUCAGUGACAUAUGCCGGUCUGAAGACUUCAUGUGGCUUGAUGUUGAUGACAUCAUCGCAAUCAUUACUGACGACCAUUUGAUGGUUGCAAACGAAGAAGUAGUAUGCGACGCCGUAUUUCGCUGGUAUAAUGCAAAACCACAAGAGCGGAAACAAGAGACAAUUCGUCUGUUUGAACACCUUCGCCUUCCGCUCUUAGGCUCGGAGUAUCUCUUGCAUGAAAUAGAGCCAAUGCAGAUCGUAACGGAUAGUCCCCGCUGUAGGGAAAUCGUCAAAGAAGCCAUAAGUUAUCAAAUGCUUUUAGCGCGUCGACCUGAGUUUAAUUCCCCACGAAUUGCCUUUCGGCAAUUUUCCAACCUGGAGGAAGUAUUAGUCAUCAUAGGCGGGUACAACGCCAUAGGGGACAAAGUGUCAGACUUGUUAGCGUAUAGCUUCCAGCAGAAACGGUGGUGCACUCUUACUCAGCUUCCCAUCGUCCUGGGUCGUGAGUUUGCUUCUUGUGCAUACGGAAACGAUAUUUUCGUGUCGGGGGGUUCUCAGAGGCUGGACAUACUCCUCCGUUACAGAUCAGAAAAUAACGACUGGUAUCGAUGUACGUCGUUGGUUCAGGGGCGGCGACGUCAUGCCAUGGUCGCGGUUGGCGGGUCCAUCUACGUUAUCGGUGGCUAUGACGACAAUGUCAAAGAGGAAUCUCAACGAACUUUGUCAUCCAUCGAUGAGUACAAUAUUCAAACACGUUCCUGGUCUUCAGUAGGAAGCCUCCAGAUGGCAGUUCGGUCUAUGACGGCAGCUGUGUCGAAGGAGAAGAUUUUAGUCUUUGGUGGAAUCCUUUCUGACGAUAAAGAAACAGACGCAGUCCAAUGUUUUGAUACGAGGCUCGGUGUGUCAAGUUUUCUGUCAGGAAUGCCUUCCAAAUGCAAAAUGGCGAGAGCAAUUGUGUUAGAAAAACAAUUAUUUGUAGUGUGUACAGACGGCAGUAUUGUGGAAAUGUCUGAGGAUGGCAACUGUAAGACUAUUGAAACGCUCAGUUACUUCAAUAGACGCCGGUUUGGUCUGGUCCACCACAACGGCUCUAUACUGGUCAUAGGAGGGGAGACCUCCGGUAAUGUACACCAGGACAUCAUAUCAUUUAAUCCUGAGAGGAAGCAGAUUCGGGUCCUUCCGUCUCCAACGCUUCCCUCAAGGGCUAACUUCGGUGGACUCAAGAUAGUGAUCCAGAAGAAAUUCCUUACUAGGGACCACACGCGCGAUAGGGAACCUUCUUCUCGACCGCCUUCAAACGACAGUUAACAGAAAAUGUAGAAAUUAAAAGGGAGCUUGCGUUAAACUCUUACGCAAAAAACAAUUGACAACAAAGUCUUCGUGCAAUAUGAAAUUUUCAUUUAACAUUUACACAAACGGCAUCGUAAAAAGUCGGUGAGGUAUAUACAUGUACAUGCAUAGUGUAACACAGUUUGGCACAGUGCAUCUAUUAUAAACAAUAUAUCUGAUAAAGAAUAUAUCUUCAAAAUGACAUUUGUUUAAUGACACGGAGAUGUUUGAGAUUAAGGGUUAAGGAUUAUAUCUGCAUUUGAGGUUUAAUGGUGAACAUGUUUCUCGGUGGCUGUGUCGAAAAAUUACAAUUUACAAAAAAAAUAUUUGCUUCAGUUCCAAACAAAUUCUCAAACAUUCAUACAACCCAAUUAAGAAUGAAAUACAUGUAAUGUUAAUAUGGAAUUUCAAGAAGAUCAGCUAUGACAUUUCCUGUAAAAUUAUACUUGUGUAUUGAUAAACACCAUAUUUGUAUUGUGUCGAAAUAUUAUACUAUUUGUCUUGUAUUGAGGAAUAUUUACUGAUACUCGUAGAGUAACGUUUGGUACUUUGGUGUCCAUCCCUUUGCUGUUCAGAGUUAACCGUGUUGACUAUACAGAGGGGAAUUUGGCCGCCUCCAAAAAUUAACACCAUCUUGAUAAAUGACGACCCUGGCCACUUAUAACCUUGGCACAUGUAAACAUAUUCCGAAACAAUAGUUUCGUUUAGACAAAAGUCAAAGAAAAAAAACUAAAUGUAAAAAGAGACGUUUGAUAUUUAGUGUAUUGCUUUAGAUGUCGAUAUCCUAAAUGCUAUAUUAAUAUUACCAGUCAACAGAAAUUUAUUGUACUUUUUUAUAAUAUUAUUACAAAAUAUUACAGUGCCCUUAGUAGCUGAAAUGUGUUCCAUAUACAUUAAUAACCUAUUGGACUCGUUUUAGAGUCGCACAAACGCAUGUAUAUAUAGUUGUUAUAAGUCAAAUAUAUGUAUAAUGUAUAACUCCUUAUGACUCAUAUGUCUACCGUUGUCAUCCGUGAAUAAUCGAGAAAAUGUACUGUAAUGUUCUACAAAACUGUUUUUUAAAAAUCAUUCCCAUGGAACAAAAUUCAAACCGGCGUUAUCGCUUAAAUUCUACACAGAUUGUUGUAAGUUUCAGCUUCGUGAAUGUUUCGAGGGUUUCGACACUUUAUCACUAGACUUCCAACUCCGGGUUGUGAGUUCGAAACCCACGUGGGGCAGUUGUCUGGUACUGAUCGUAGGCCAGCAGGUACUUUCCUCCACCUCCAAAACGUGGCACGUCCUUAAAUGACCCUGGCUGUUAAUAGGACGUUAAACAAAAUAAUCCAAAUACAAGGUUUCGAUAUUUCUGGUAACAUACCAGUGUAGUAACCAAAAACCACCUGUCCGUGGCUUACUUUACUACGCGAUACGUCAGCCGCGAACAGAUUACUUAGUAGUUAGUAGUAAACCAAACUAUGACAGGUGACGUUAAUCAGAUUUCAAACUGGUUGAUAAAUCCGAUACACGGAAUUCCAUAGGUAACAGAGUGUUCACUGAAUACAUUACCUAUAUUUUUUUCACCUGGAUGAGUGAUCGUGACAUCUGGGUGACAGUCUCCUUUAUGUGUCCAGGAACUGUUCGUUUCAGUGCCUUUAACGUGUACAAGACAAUUUUGUACUGAGUGAUAAAUGUUUUGCUUCUGUAACAGAGACAGGAAAUAUAAAUAAUGCUGGUGACGUGUGCCCUAGGUGUAUUGGUUUUGGCUAAGAUAGAGAAUAGAAUAAAAAUGCUAAGUUAAUUAUGGUUGGAAAUAUAAUUAACAUUGCCGAUAGUGUAUACACACUGCAGUGCUUUUAACAAACAAAAAACAUAAAUUGGCAUUUGUGGUAGAGAAAUAUACUUAAUUAAAACCAACAGUUGUAAAAAAAAAUAUAAUAGUAUUUGCUGUACUAUCAGGUGAAUGAUAGCAUGUAAGACCGAAAACAUACAAUAUUUAGAGGCGGUGACAGCUAAAAUUUCUCCGGAUAGGGGCGGGGGGGGGGUCAAUUAUCCGCUCUUGUUUUCAAUCGAUCGUAGUGUAUAUAUAAUAUAAUUUUGGCAUAGCUAGACGUAGAAGCUUCUUGUUACUAAAGCAAUUUGUUGAAUAUAAGUCAGUUGUUUUUAUUUUUUGGACAUCGCUGAUUUCAUAGUGCAUUGUCUUAUAAAUCACAACACGGUACCCAUAUGUCAUUUUCCUGCUAAACUGAUGCCAGAUUGUUUAUAAUACCUAUGAGGCGACAGGUUUUGAGUUGUAUAUCCACAAUUUAUUAACGAUACUCUCCAUAGAUGACUGAUAGCAGUGAAUCUAGUCUGUCGGCAGGAAACCUGACACCACAUAGCAAAGGUUUAAAUAUUCAUAUAGUCAAUCUAUAGACCAAACCGAAAACUGUAUAGCUUUAAAACCAAUCAAAAUGUUCGUUUGCUGAAUAAAUGUAAUAAAUUCUUAAAAUAUU